AGAUUUGUCGUCAGUUUUGCGCUGUAUUUCUGCUGGUUGGUCGUGUAUUCAUUUAAUGAAAAAAGCACUGUUCAGUUUAGAAAUGGAGCUGAGAAGUCGCAAACGACCAGUCCCUCAACCUGAGUGUGAGGGGGCUGCCCCUGUGGAUGGUCAGGAGGGAGGAAGGAAAAGACAGAGGAAGACGGAACCUCAGGGCCAACUACAGGGAGGUGGUGUCAAGGGGCGUAAGAAUAAAACCACCAGGAGAAGGAAAAAAGUGCUACAGAAAACCAAAGCAGCACAAAGCGAAAAUGAAUCACCCCCGUCCAAGGAUUUAAGUGAUCCCUGCAGAGCAUCCUUAGAAGAUCUCUACACUAAAGGGGAACUACUUGGAAAGGGAGGGUUUGGCACAGUGUAUGCGGGGAUAAGAAAGAGUGAUGGGAUGCUGGUGGCCAUCAAAUACAUCCCCAAGGAGAAAUGUGCCAGGCAGCUAAGAAUGCCUGGACAAGAGAAGCCACUCCCUGUGGAGGUGGCUUUGAUGGUUCACUUAAACUCAGAGCCAACUUGUUCUUCCAUUCUGAAGCUGAUUGAAUGGUUUGACUUGCCCAGCGAGUAUGUGUUGGUGCUGGAAAGACCUGAGCCAUGCAUGGAUCUCAUGCAAUACAUCAGGAGCCAAGGGAACUUCCUUAGUGAGGAGGUGGCUCAGCAUGUGCUCAUGCAGCUGCUCAAUGCCCUGAACCACUGCCAGAGCAAAGGCAUUAUUCAUCGGGAUAUCAAGCCCAGUAAUAUCCUAAUACAUACUAAGACCCUACAAGUGAAGCUGUUGGACUUUGGCUGUGGGGAUAUUCUGAAGGACGAUCCAUACACUUAUUUUGCAGGAACAGCAUUGUAUUGCCCCCCAGAGGUUUUCCUGUUUAGAAAGUACUUGUCUAGCCCCUUCACAGUGUGGUCUGUGGGAGUGACGCUUUACAGGAUGGUGUGUGGCACAAUACCCUUCUGGAACUUUAUGGAAGCCAUCUGCAAACCUCUGGAAGUCCCAGCAUCGGUGUCACCUGACUUGCAGCAUCUAAUUCGUUGGUGCCUGACUCUUAUCCCAGUAAACCGGCCAACGAUAGAUCAGAUUAUGCUUCAUCCAUGGCUACAGCAGUGCAGGCCAAAGGACUGAGGUUUCAGGCCAACAAAGAUUCAAGCUGCCUCUCCAAUAAAAUGACAGACUGAGGCACUGAAUAAUAAACAAUAAAAGGCACUGAGGAAGAUCAAGCCCCCGCAAGGCAGCAGGACCAGACAACAACCCUGGGCGGCCCUCAAAGCGUGUGCUAAGAAGCUGGCUGAUGUUCUUACCGCAAUCUUCAACCUUUUCCUCAGCCAGGAAAGGUUGAUGCUGGCCCACAUCCAGAGGAACAUCCAUCCUAGACACUCUGGCAACCUGCAGUAUGCCUACCGGCCCAACAGGUCCACAUCAGACCCCAUUGCUGCUGCCCUUCACUAUUCCCUCUCCCACCUGGAAAACAAGGACUCCUACAUCAGGAUGCUUUUUGUUGAUUACAGCUCCGCCUUCAACAUGGUCAUCCCCCACAAACUCAUCCACAAACUGACCACACUCAGCCUGCACCCCACCCUCUGUGACUGGCUCCUGGAUUUAUUUAUUUUUUGUAUUUUUUAUUGAGCGUCAAUACAAUUUAUAACGAUGGUACAAAAAGA